GAGAGAGAGAGAGAGAGAAAGAAAGAAUCUUCUAUAAAACUUGGUUCAGUGUUAUGGAGUUCUGCGAGGUCUAACCUCCUCACCUAACGGAUGACUUGGUCUGACGGGGAAUGGUCUCUCUUUUUGAUGCAAACGACAUUAACAGAAACAAAACUCUUGUGAAUCUGAAAAGGCAUGGCUAACUGGUUUCUGUCUGAAUGGAAGCUCUGGUUACUAGUUCCACUUGUGUUGGACUCUUUUACGGAUGCCCAAACCCUGAAACCCACAAGAUGGCCUCUGUAUCAGGGUAAGGCUUUGCUGCUAGCCUGGAAUGCCCCCACUGAGGACUGUCGGACACGCCAUAAUGUCCAUUUUCAGCUGGACCAGUUCCAGAUUGUGGCUUCACCCAAUGAGGGCUUCACCAAACAGAACCUCACCAUUUUCUACAAGGAUCGUCUCGGCUUGUACCCAUAUUUUAAUUCUGACAACAGUCCAGUGAAUGGUGGCCUUCCACAAAUUGCCAGCCUGACACAGCACCUUAAGAAGAUGUCUCAAGACAUUGGGAAAUAUAUUCAGAACCCAGCAGCAAAAGGUCUUUCCGUCAUCGACUGGGAAGAGUGGCGCCCCCUUUGGAUUCGGAACUGGAAUACGAAGAACAUCUACAAAAACCAGUCACUGCUCUUGGUGUCUAAAAAGAACCCAACAUGGGACCAGGGCCAUGUGAAGAAAGUGUCCCAGCAGGAGUUUGAGAUUUCAGGCCGCAAUUUUAUGCUCAAGUCCCUGCAGCUUGCCAAAAAUCUGCGUCCAAACCAGCUUUGGGGAUUCUACCUGUUCCCUGACUGCUAUAACCAUGAUUACCUCAAAAGCCUCGAGAGCUACACAGGCCGCUGUCCGGACCCAGAGAUAGCAAGGAAUGACCAACUGAGGUGGCUGUGGACGGAGAGCACAGCCCUUUUUCCAUCUGUCUACAUAGGUUCAGUGCUGCGUUCAACUGCUUUUGUUCGUCAGUUUGUUCGGAACAGAGUAAAAGAGGGCAUGAGAGUGGCAUCUCUGGGCUCUGAACUGGCACAUCCAGUGUUUGUGUAUGUCCGUCCCACAUACAUUAAUGAGCUGGAGCUACUUACUGAGAUUGACCUGGUAUCCACUAUUGGAGAAAGUGUUGCACUAGGUGCUGCUGGCAUUAUAUUUUGGGGAGAUGCCAGUUAUGCAAGCAGCAGUGCCAUCUGUACCAGUCUGGCUGAGUAUGUCAGGGGUCCACUUGGCAGAUACCUCCUCAAUGUUUCUAGUGCAGCUGAACAGUGUAGUUACUCAGUGUGUGGCUCCCGAGGCCGCUGUAUGCGCAGACAAGCAGACUCAGAUUCGUACUUGCACCUGGACCCUCAGAACCACCGAAUUGUGGCACAGGGAAAACGCCUGGUUGUCGAAGGGCACAUGGGGCCCGAGGAGCUAAUUAGCAUGAAGGAGGAUUUUAUCUGCCAGUGUUUUAGCGGCUAUCAAGGUUAUAACUGUGAGCUGCGGGAUCCCCAAUAUGACAGAGGACAGGGGCACAAACUGCAUGUAUCGUGGAGCUGUUGUCUUCUCUUUUUGCUGCUCAUGUUCUUGAACUGAGACUUGUGGACACUACUGGACACUCUUACAGACUGUUGUAGACAUUUAUACGUUUUGUGUGCCACAAAUGAAGCAUUUGCUUCUGUAAUUUUGUAGAAUGAAACCUUGUACAGUUUCUAACACCUUUUUCAGAUUUCUUUACAGAUUUUUAUUGUAAUUUAAUUUUUUUACAUAAAAAUGUAAGGUUUCUUCAGGUGAUUUCAGCCAAAUAUCUGGAAAAUUUGAUAGUUGGUUAAUGAAUGCUGCAUUGUACAUAUGUUCUGAGUUAUGUGUGUGCCCAAGUGAGUAUAUGAAAGUGUCUAAACACAGGAAAAUUAGUCCAAAUAAGCACUUUUGUUUAUCUUCAUAGAUAAUGGAUUCACUAUGACAUCAGAGCUGGAAGCAAAUCUGAGAAUCUUCAUUAUCAUACUGAUAAAUGCAUUUUGUAUGUAAGGAUUAAUUUAAAUGUAUUUAAAUUUAAAUGAAUUAUUCUUCAUGUUGCUGUGAGAUUAUGGCACUAUCACUAAAUGACUACUACUAAGACUUUUUAUUUGCUGUUACAGACCGGAUUCACACAACUUUUCUAGGUUCACAUUCAUUCUUAUAUUUUAAUAUAAUACAAAAUGUGCUGUGAGUCACUAUGAUGAUCUGGUAUGACAGGUGUUGGAUGUAUAGGUGUAUGUGUAAGUAUGUCAAAGCUAUGGAGAGGAAAGAGCAAACAUAUGAUGUGACAUCUUGUUGUUAUAUGUUACAUUUUACACCCUUUUUUAACGUUUUAGGUAGAUGCCAAAUAAACCCUAGAUGAAUGACCAGAACGUCUCUCAGCUAGAAGUCAUGUGAAUUCCCUAAAUAUUUACAAGGUAACAGCAUAGUGUUAUAGUCUGUGUGUAAGUUAGUUUCCUGAAUUAAGGUGGGUUUAGAGUGCAAUGAAGUGAAUCAUAAAAGAAGCACAUUCUGCAUCUGUAACACUUGCUUUUCCAAAGGGGCCACUGUCUGCAUUUUGCCAGCCCACAAUUACAGGCUUUCAAAUGCCAAGCAGUUCUAUUUGUGUACUCUAGUUCAUUGGGGGUUUCCAAUCUAGUGAAUUUAGUGAGCUGUUGCAGAAAAGCACAAUUGCAUUAACAAUGCUUUUUUGUUAAUACAACCCACAACCAUCACAGAAACUGUUUUGCCUUCAUUUAGUGCUUUACCGGUUUUACUUGUUAUUAAAGUCUGUGUUAAUAUGUUACAACACC